AUGGAAAGUGGAACUGUAGAUUUUGACGAUCUGACGGCUUCUGAACAAGCGAGGCUCGUGGAGAUUCACGGUAAAAAGGAAGUUGUGGUCAAUCGAAUCCAUGUAGGUUUAUUUCGUUUGUUUCUUUGGUUUUUAGGUAACUUUUGAAAAGGAUAAGCAUUUAAAAGCUUUGAAAUAGUUUUCUACAGCUAAGCUAUGUGUUUUUUAGGAAUUGGAAGCUCUUUUGAUUAAAAAACAAGGCGACAUUGAUAACCUUCAUCUCGAAGGAAUUGAGUAAGUUGUAAAUUUAUCGUUUUUUUUUAUUUUAGGGAUUUGGUUUUAACAAAAUCGGUAUGAUUUUAUAAUUUUUGUGAUUUUAGCUAUCAUCUAGCUUUGCAAGACACAAAAAUACAAAUCCGAAACUUCAAUCAGAAGCCCAAGUUCACAAUCGACAAGUUGAUUGAAUGUUCAAUUUUGCAAAACAACCCAAUGUCUGUGGCGAAAUACCUAUAUGAAACGAAGGGAUUGUCCAAAAAGAGUCUAGGAGAAUAUUUGGGAUCAGAUGGAGAUUUUGUCAAACUGGUACUCUUGGAGUUUAUCAAGCUUCAAAGGUUGGAAGAUUUGGAAAUUGUCGGAGCUUUGAGGACAUUUUUGAACUCUUUUCAAUUAGGUGGAGAAAGUCAAGUGAUUGACCGAGUGUUGGACACUUUUUCUGCUUGGUUUUGUGAACAUAGUACUAAGAAGGAAGCGUUUGUUAAUGCUGGUAAGUUAAUAUGAUAUUUGAAUUGGCUUUUUGAUGUUUAGGUUUGUGGCGUAGUUUACCCAGUUUGAAAGCCUGAUUUAGCGGUUAUUUUGAACUUAUUUAAGGUAACUAAUGUUUCAGCAACUUGUCAUACAUUCCUGUACGCUCUGCUGAUGCUGAAUACCUCAUUGCAUAACCCAAAAGUGGUGCAUUCCAUUGAUUUUAUAAAACCGGUUGAUUUUUUGAAAAUUUGUGAUGGAACUUCACUAUCCAAGGAGUUUUUACUGGUAAGAUUUUUGAUUUUUUGGUCAUUUUUUAGCAGUGAAAACUCAAAUUUAAAGUUUUUAGUGGUAAUAUUGGAAGUUUAUUGCUUUAGUUGUUAACUUUUUGAUAUUUUAUGCCUUUUUAUUAUAAAAAUGAAAUUUUUGUCUUUUCAGAACAUUUACAACGAAGUAAAAGCCCGUCCGUUUGUGUAUGACAAGUUUUCCGAAAUUACGAAAAAUAUGAUGACUAAUGCCUCUAAAACUGGAUACCUCGAAAAGCAAGGCAGUAAAGGAUGGAAAUGGAACAAAAGAUGGUUUGCUUUAAUGGAAAAUUGUUUGUACUACUUUGAGGAUCAACAGGUAUGGCUUAAAAUGCCAAUUAAAACACAUUUAAAUUUUUUUAAAUCUUUAAAAAAAGGCUUUUUAAAAUUUAAAAAAAGUUGAAAAUUUAAAAUCAUUUAAAGAUUUUUAAACUAAAGUACCUUGUUUUAGAUGGGAAACCCUCGAGGCAUCAUUUCCCUAGAAUCUAUUCGGUUCAGAAUGGUUGAAGACAGAACUCGACCGUUUUGCUUGGAGCUAUUUUCAAUAUCUGCGGAUGCUGUGACAGUUUGUAAAAUGGAAAGUGUAGGUACUGUACCUAAAACUAGCCAUGGGACAAUAAAGUUGGCGGCCGAAACAGAAAAGGAGCUUAAGGAAUGGAUGUCCGCUAUAGAGUGAGUUUAGUCAUUUUUAGGGGGGGGGGGCAUGGUGAGGGUAGUGAAAUUCUCUUUUAGAAAUAGAACAGGAAUGACAACGUUGGCUUUUUAAAAAAAAAUUUUUUUUUCGGCGGGGUGAUUUUUUAAAAAAAAAGUUAAGGGGGGGGGGGGGGGGGGGGGUAUUUUUUAAAAUUUUUGCAUUGAAACUGAAAGAGCAGGGCAGGUUUCACUGUUUUUUUCUGAAAUUUUUUGUAUUAGGGGGAGGGGGGGGGGUCCAAAAAAAAUUUUUUUGGUACAUCAUAAUAUUGUUAUAGACAACACUUAUGGCUUCACGAGUACCAGGAUCUGAUCCAGCUGAAAAAAUCUCGAGCCAAUAAGUAA